AUGACUUGUCUCAGCUAUAUUGUUCACCUAGAAAACCGAGUCCAGGACCUAGAAAACCACUUACGGACUGGCGCUUCACAAGAUUCACCUGAUACUCAUGCUCGCGUGGAUAUCGGGCGAGUUAGCCGUGACCCAGCACCUGCGCCAGCAGGUCCAGUGACGGGCAAUUUACCAACCAAUAACACUUUCACUCCAGCAAUUGACAAGACGCGAAAGCAUGGGUCCCAAAGAAGAGAGGGCUCUCCUAGUGCUGACGACCGCCAUUCAUCAAAGCGUGCCCGUUUGCAGUCUCCUCAAGAAGCCGCUCAUGCUGUGUCCGAAACUGCUUUUACGACCGAGUCACCACAUAUCUAUUCGGUCCCCGCUGGAGGGGGUAGUUCAAGUGUAAGACUGCCAUCAUUCGCGAGAGCUAUUCCAGGCGUCCGGCCUGCUCAAUUACCCGAUCGCACUGUUGCGCACGAACUGGUCGAGCCAUACUUCCAAAGGUCAAACUGUCAGUUCCCAAUCCUGGACCAGACAGAAUUCAUGGAACUGUUUGACCGUAUAUUUGCCGGUGGUACCGUGGCGCAUGCUCCAGGCGACCUCUUCGUCCUGAACAUCGUCCUAGCAAUGGGAAAGCGGUUGCAAAUCUCCAGCCAGCUCUGCAAUCCGACAUCCCGCUUGCAUACGAGUGACCAUAACUCAUCUGGAGAAGGUGCCGAGGGUCCAGAAAAUUACUACAACGCCGCAGUCAAUCAUCUUGAGUUUUACUUGAGUGCCUCAACGUCGCGCUGUGAUAAUUUGGUGCCAUUAAUGGAGCUGCGAGCAGUCUUGCUGAUUUGUGCACUUGCACUGAUGAUGCCGAUUGCUUCCGGUAUAUGGUAUACCGUCAGCAUUGCAGUUCGGCUCGCAGUGGACCUGGGACUUUAUCGCGAAGAUGCAGAAGUGUCCCAUGGCCGGUCAAGUUCUAUCCCUUAUUCUUCCGAGUCCAUCACGAAUUUGAAAAGAAGGCUCUGGUGGUGUGUCUAUUCGCUUGAUCGGAUGAUAUGUACUUGCACGGAACGGCCCUUCAGUAUCGCGGACGAGGUGAUAAACACUCGGUUUCCAUCUCUUCUGGCUAGUAGUGGCAUAUCAGGAACCGUCACGCAAAGACCGGCAUUCAGAGUGGGAUCAAGACUGGUCGCACAGCACUAUUUCGAAUACCGUCGUCUACAAUCCGAAAUCUUGCAAGUCGUGCAGAAUCGAGAAAUCAGAAACGCUUUCGAUCGAAACGAUCCCAAUGAGAGCUCAGCACCACCUAGGCCGCCCAUAUCUUCAUUCUUGCUCUCUGCCAGCACCUAUGAAGAGUGGCGGUCCACCAUGGCCCAGAAACUUCAAGAUUGGAGAGCAUCUGCUCCGAUGGCACAGGACACGGGUGUAGAAAGCGCGACAGAGUUUUUUGACAUGAAUUACUGGCAAGCUAUCAUGAUGCUGUUUAGGCCUUCCAUGGAAUUGCCGAACAUGCUCAAACAGAAGCUCGGCACCACACACAAAAUCAUAUGCCGCGGUCAAGGACACGCCGGUCAACAGGAUGAGGAAGCCGUAUUCCUGACUCUGGCAGAUGCCGGCCAACACAUCUUACGUCUCUACAGGCGGUUACAGCGCCGUCGACUUUUGAGUUAUCCUUAUCUCGCCACUCAUCACCUCUUUCUCUCUGCUAUUGUGUUGUUGUACUCUUUCUGGCAUUCGCCGGCCAUUCGCCGGACAACGAGUGUCGAAGAGCUGGAUUUUCUCAUGUUGGGAGCGUGUUCGGUUUUGGAUACCCUCACACACCUCUGCCCGCCUGCAGAGCACUGUUCAGAAAUUCUAGGUACCAUGAGUCGCAAUACAUUGGAGAUGCGCUUCCCCGACUCUAGCGAAUUUCCGGCGUCUCCAGCCUUGUUCUCGGAUUACCAUGAGAUGGCCUUCACGAAAUCCGGCGAUGAAGACGACCUGAAGAAACAACAUCACGCUGUAAUACCCGUGAAUAAUGAUGGUCAUGUCUCCCCAGGUCAUUCCAGACCUCCCUCAGGCUUUGCUGGCGAUGAAUCCCAGGAUGGGAUUCUUCGUCCUUUGGAUCUGAGCACGACACAGGAGCAAGAUCAAGAUCAAGAUCAAGGAUUCAAUUGGGAGGACCAUGACUACCUUCACUUUGACCUUGGAGAAAAUUACCCUAGUCUUGUUGAGCCGUUCGAAGAGUUCUAUUUCGGGUUAGACUGA